AUGUCGACUGACGAUUACGUGAAACAUAACAUCGAGUUCUUUGAGGGCAAAAACUCGGGCCCUGAAAAGAAAUUGACAAGCGAAAACUACCAGAAAAUCGCAGACCAGUGCGCACGUUUGCUGCUGGGGUUCGAGUUUGGAACUGCCCAUUCUACCACUCGAGACGACACCUAUGACACCUCAGUGAGCUCGCUUUGGAAGCAUGAUCCUGCUCCCAAGGUACUUGACUUUGCUGGAGGCCUUGGACUUGUUGCCCAGCGAAUUUCCUCUUACACCAGCGAGGUGGUGGGCGUGGAUGUGUCUCCUAAGAUGGUGGAGGGCUUCAACGAGGCUGUUCUGAACCAGGGCAUUACCCCCAAGGAAAUGAGAGCUAUUGUGGCAGACAUUUCGAAACCGGCAGACUUCGAAAAGGUGAAGCAGGAGGCUCUUGGUGGAUUCAACAUUGUCUUCUCCUCGCUCUCCUUCCACCAUCUUCCUGAUAUUGAUGGUACCCUCGAGAAGCUGUUUGAUCUGACCAAGUCCGGUGGUACGAUACUGAUCAUUGACUUCAUCUCUAUUUCUGGCGAAGGCGCAGGGGAAAUCUUUCCUGAUGCCAAGGGACACUCCAAUCACUCUCAUGGCCAUGAUCACAGUCAUCACCAUGGUGAUCCUCACGGCCACUCUCAUGGCGGCGAGCACUAUCAUGUGGUCGCGCACCACCAUGGCUUCUCUGAGGAAUCUAUCACCAAGUCUCUGGAGACUGCAGGCUUCUCAAACGUCUACCUUUCUCCCCACUAUGUGGCUCUCAAACGAACCACUGAUGGUAUCAGCCUGGACUCAAACGGUCACCAUCCCGAUCAGAAGCUGCGACUGAGAAUCAUCGGUGCUCGAAAGUAG